CGCUUUCUGGUUGUAGUUGCAAAUCUAGACUGUCACCAGCUGGUGAUGAACCAAAAUGGAUUAUUACAAUUUACUGACAAAAUGUGCAUUUAUUCAUUCGCUAGUUUCCAUGCAAUAUGCAUACAGUCAUUAUGUUGAGAACAAAGCUGGACAGUUUUUUAGCAGUGGUCAUACCAACAACUGGGCAGUCUUGGUCUGCACGUCUAGAUUCUGGUUUAAUUAUCGGCAUGUGGCAAACACACUGUCAGUAUACAGAAGCGUAAAGAGGCUGGGCAUUCCAGACAGUCACAUUGUGCUGGUGCUAGCCGAUGAUAUGGCCUGUAACUAUAGAAACCCCAAACCAGCCACUGUGUUCAGUCAUAAGAACAUGGAGCUUAACGUGUAUGGAGAUGAUGUGGAGGUGGAUUAUCGUGGAUAUGAGGUCACAGUGGAGAAUUUCCUGCGAGUCCUGACAGAGCGUCUCCCCCCCAGCACUCCUCGAUCCAAACGGCUGCUUUCCGAUGACCGCAGCAACAUUCUCAUCUACCUGACAGGUCACGGUGGAAAUGGCUUCCUGAAGUUCCAGGACUCUGAGGAGAUCAGCAACAUGGAGCUGGCUGAUGCCUUUGAGCAGAUGUGGCAAAAGAGGAGGUACAACGAGUUGUUGUUCAUCAUAGACACCUGCCAGGGGGCCUCCAUGUAUGAGAGGUUUUACUCGCCCAACCUCAUGGCCUUGGCCAGCAGCCAAGUGGGAGAGGACUCGCUCUCACAUCAGCCAGACUUGGCAAUAGGGGUCCAUUUGAUGGACAAGUACACCUUCUACUUACUGGAGUUCCUGGAGGAAGUCCACCCCGCUAGCCAGGCCAACAUGAACGAUUUGUUUAAGGUGUGCCCACAGAGUCAGUGUGUGUCCACUCCGGGUCACCGUACUGACCUGUUCCAGAGGAAUCCCGGGAGCGUCCUCAUCACUGACUUUUUUGGAAGUGUCCACAAAGUGGAGAACACCAAGGACACUAUCAAUCUGACAUCUUCUGUAAAGCCGACGAUACAGAGGUCUGGAAGUGGCGAUAUGCAAAUCGAAUCUUUGUCGUAUGUGGACCAACUUCCAGUGGCUGAAAUUAUUCAUCAGAAACCCAAGCAGAAAGACUGGCACCCUCCUGAUGGCUUCAUUCUGGGGCUCUGGACUCUGAUCUUGCUGGUGUUUUUCCAGACCUAUGGCAUCAAACAUCUCACACACAUCUUCUGAUUCAUCCCUUCCAGCACCACAGAGGUCAAAGGACCCACCGCAUUCAUAAGAGUCCACCCUUGCUUUGUUCAUGAUUGAUUUGGUCAGGAAUAGGUUAUUUAUUUAUUAUUUGAUGCAAGUUUGUUUUCUUUGGGUUUUGCUAUGUAUAAUUUUUUGAAAGUGACAUGCACUGACUUCUUGCGUUCAAACAUUCUCGGUAAAUCCAUUUGAAUUUCACACAGGGACUUUCUUUUGAACUAAACACACACAGACAGCUUGCAGGGAGAA